AUGACAGCGGAUAUAGAACGCCACGGACUGGGCCGCAUGGAGGAGGAGGGACGGGCGGGGCUGCGGGCAUUAUCAAGGGACAGCUGGAUGCAGAGGGUACGGCAUGGACAUUCAUCAUCUGAGACCCCCGCCAAACACCGACCUGUAAUGGCCGAGGCUGAGGCGGAGGUUUUCCUGUCCGCCCCAUCAGGAGCCCCUAAGCUCAUGAAACACCACCCUUUCCCACCCAUUUCCUACCUGGUGUCCCACCAUGUCACCUCACGACUCCGAGACCUGGUGUCCCACCAUGCCACCUCACGACUCCGAGACCUGGUGUCCCACCAUGCCACCUCACGACUCCGAGACCUGGUGUCCCACCAUGCCACCUCACGUCUCCGAGACCUGGUGUCCCACCAUGCCACCUCACGUCUCCGAGACCUGGUGUCCCACCAUGUCACCUCACGUCUCCGAGACCUGGUGUCCCACCAUGUCACCUCACGUCUCCGAGACCUGGUGUCCCACCAUGUCACCUCACGUCUCCGAGACCUGGUGUCCCACCAUGUCACCUCACGUCUCCGAGACCUGGUGUCCCACCAUGUCACCUCACGUCUCCGAGAACUGGUGUCCCACCAUGCCACCUCACGUCUCCGAGACCUGGUGUCCCACCAUGUCACCUCACGACUCCGAGACCUGGUGUCCCACCAUGUCACCUCACGUCUCCGAGACCUGGUGUCCCACCAUGUCACCUCACGACUCCGAGACCUGGUGUCCCACCAUGUCACCUCACGACUCCGAGACCUGGUGUCCCACCAUGUCACCUCACGUCUCCGAGACCUGGUGUCCCACCAUGUCACCUCACGACUCCGAGACCUGGUGUCCCACCAUGCCACCUCACGUCUCCGAGACCUGGUGUCCCACCAUGCCACCUCACGUCUCCGAGACCUGGUGUCCCACCAUGCCACCUCACGUCUCCGAGACCUGGUGUCCCACCAUGUCACUUCACGUCUCCGAGACCUGGACUGCCAUCAGGACUACCAUCAGGACUACCAUCAGGACUACCAUCUGGAUUACCAUCAGGACUACCAUCAGGACUACCACCAAGACUACCACCAGGACUACCAUCAGGACUAUCAUCAGGACUACCACCAGGACUACCAUCAGGACUGCCACCAGGACUACCAUCAGGACUAUCAUCAGGACUACCAUCAGGACUACCAUCUGGAUUACCAUCAGGACUACCAUCAGGACUAUCAUCAGGACUAUCAUCAGGACUACCAUCAGGACUACCAUCUGGAUUACCAUCAGGAUUACCAUCUGGAUUACCAUCUGGAUUACCAUUAG